AUGUUUCAUUAUUUCUAUUAUAUUCUUUCUUUUUUCAGUCUUUCUUUUUUCAGUCUUUCUUUUUUCGGUCUUUCUUUUUUCAGUCUUUCUUUUUUCGGUCUUUCUUUUUUCGGUCUUUCUUUUUUCAGUCUUUCUUUUUUCGGUCUUUCUUUUUUCGGUCUUUCUUUUUUCGGUCUUUCUUUUUUCAGUCUUUUUUGUUGUUUAUUUUUCUAUCUUCUUGUUUACUUUCUUUUUUCUCGUUUUCUUUCUUUCUUUCUCUUUCUCUUUCUUUCUUUCUGCCUUUCGGAAUUUAUUUCAUGCGCGUCUCCUCACGCAGAAUUGUUUAAAGACAUUAAUUCAUAUCUUAUCCUUUGUUACCUUAAAAACAUUUUCUUUUCUCCUUAUCAACCAACAUUUCUCUUAUAUUUUCUGUUCAUCCAUCUUUACUUCUCACAUUGUUUCAUUUAUUUUUCUCAUUCUUCUCCGGUAUAUGAUUUCUUCGCUUUCUUUAUCAUUCGUUUAUCGAUUCAUUUAUUCUUUCUUUCAUUCCUUUUUUAA